UGGCGGACGAAGCUGAUGAAAUAAUUACGAUUGUGAUAGUAUGACAAAACAUUGGUUUUCUUGCACGUAAUAAUGAGGUGAAAGUACACAUUCAAUUUAUAACAACAUGAGUGAGCAACAGGCAAUUCCAGACCGUCCAGCAACUUCAAAAACGCCUUCAAUCACUCGGUUUAUUCGCUACGAGCAUCUUAUCGCUGGCGUGUCUGGAGGAGUUACGUCAACUCUUGUGCUGCAUCCGUUGGACCUGAUUAAAAUAAGAUUCCAAGGUAAGAUUGGGUAAUAAAUAUAACAUCUUAAAAUAGACACACCAAGUUUUAGUUUUGUAGUAUAAUUUGACCCGAAACUGUGAGAUGAAAUAAUCGAAACUUCCAUCACAUACAAGACUACUUGUAUUUGUCUUUCGCUUACUUUAAAACCAUUCAAAAAAGGAAGUGAUCCACAGUAAUCCAGUUAGGAAAAUUUGGAAUGUUUUUUGCAACUCUUUGAAACUCUCAGUUUCGUUAACUGAAAACUCUCGUUGUUUAAACUUAGUGACGUGUUAAAGUUCACACGGACGUGAUGUGUUGACGUGUUGUUUGACCUCUAAUUUAAAAAUACCUACGUUGUGAUAUAGUGUCAGCAUUUUCAUUAAAUUUUGAUUCAGUUUAAGUAGGAAUAAAAUAUCAUUUUUAUCAGCAAGUUUUAAAUACCAACCAGAGAGUCUGUAGGUGAGUGAGACAAAAUUUGAACGUAAUUAAAACUUGCAAAUGAAAUAAUCUCAUGCCUUUAUUUAUCCUAAUAGAAAGGUGGUUGGUUUUUCCCCAAAAAUGUGUUUAGGUGGUGGGAUCUUAUUGUUCAGGUGUUGGUAAGUUGGUAAGAGGUGACUGACGUUUUGAUGACCUUAGUAAAAGUAGCAUCAGAGUCAGCUUCCUCUAAGGUUGUAUAGAAGAUCAAUCAUCAAUACCAACAACGUUCCUUCUCAGUAACAUUUACUAUUGAAAUGUGUUAAGAGCAUACAUGCAUGAAACAUUUGCCAGAAAGAUAUUACCAAUAUUGUUAUUUCUCAGUUAAUGAUGGAAGUGGAAAGUUGCCAGCUUACAGAGGACUUACUGAUGCAGUGAAGUCAAUUGUGAGAACAGCUGGCUUAAAAGGAUUAUAUCAGGUACUUUGAUUUGUAAAAAGUAUUGCAAUACUCGCACAGUUUGUGCAUUAUUAAUUUUGAGGGUUCGCAGCAGUUUUUCUUUUAACCCAUGAAACCACUUUUGAAAUCUGACUAUAAAUUGUCCUUACUGUUCACCAUAAAUUCUGUUUUUUUUUCUUAUCCUGAGAAUGUGGUUAGAAAGCAAGUAAUACCUCAUCAUUUAAAUUGUUUUUCUUCUUAUCACUUUUUUUUCUGAACAAUGUAUUUUUAUUCUAAGGAGAAUAUACUUUUUAAUUGUUCCUGGAAUGAAAUGUUUAAGAUCUGCAAUGGUUUCAUUUAACUUGGUGAUAAUGGUUUUAAGUUUUAAAUGAUAGUAUUAUCAUCAAUACAUUGUUCUAUAUAUUUUUUAUGUCCAAACAUUCAUUUCUAUAAUUUAUCAUAUAUGAGGCUAACAACUACUAGAUACUAAUUAGCUGAGAUAGAGGCACUCCUACUUAAUGAUAAGAGAUAAUUUGCUCAUGGAUCAUGAAGGCACGUUUUCUUGAUCCUUGCUGCCUGAAUGUGAUUAGCAGCAGGUUUCUUUUGGAUGGGAAAUGAGGAUUUGAAGUGCGCACCAAGUGCAGUUAAUCCUAAACAAAAAUUAAUUUGACAUGAAAUCACUGGGAUGUGUUGUGUUUAUUCUCUUUAAUUUGUGCCUUAUAAAACUUGUGGGUGUCACUUUCAUACAUGAGUUUAUCUCUAAGUUAGGUCCUUCCAGUUUUGAGUGUGUAGUUGCAAUCUUUACCCAUGGGAAAACUGUUUUCCUUGUGUCCAGACUCAAUUGUAUUUAAUGUAUCUUUGACUGAGUAAUCCACCUAACAUGCAUUCAUCACAAACAUUCUUUCCUUCCAUCUGAGUCCUCUGUGGAUAAGUAAUCGCAUGGGCCUGAAGGCAAUUAAAAAUUUAUUUCAUGCAUAUUUUUAAAGUUUUUCCAAAAUUGCCUGAGUCGUGGAGUGAUGAGGGAAAUUUGGGGAAAAAAAUGCCCUCUGUCUCAGCCUAUCAGCAUUCAGUAAUUUUGCCCUGCAUGUGAUGAGAAAAAUAGACAAAGUUUAUUAAUUUUAUCAUACUAAAUCCACAGUUUUCCAAGUGUUAUCUAACCUAACUAUGGUGUGAGGAGACUCUCAAAUGUUUUUUUUUUUUUUUGCCUGGAAGAUAAUAUAUUUUUUUGUCUUUUCACAAACAGGGUGUGACACCUAAUGUUUGGGGAAAUGGAUCAGCGUGGGGUCUGUACUUUUUCAGGUAAAUACUUGAGCACAAACAAAAUUCCAUAAACUUACCUCACUCUCAAAGUCUUUAUUAUUAUUUCACCAAAGAAAUGUUUUCUUUUUAAAUGCGCAGCUCAGAUUUGAUUAUUAUUAUUAUUUUUCUUUAACACAGUUACAACAUUUUAAAAGCAUGGAUGCAGAAAGAUAGUGAUAAGCCUUUAGGGUUUGAGAGGCAUCUGAUAGCAGGAGCUGUGGCAGGUGAGGGAUUUUAGUGUUAUAGUUGGAGCCACAGAUAGCUCCAGUCACAACAAAUACUGUGGUUUACCAUUUUGUCUCUAGAGUUGAGGUAGCGCAAGUUUGUUAGAGCAACAUAUUCUGAUAAAUGAGGCACUUUUUGUUUUAAGCUGAAACAGUAUUUUCUGUUCCUUUGAGGCAAGCAUCAGCAUUUGCAGUCUGUUUGAAAAUGUCUCUAUGUACUAACUUUUGACAUAGUGCAAGAGAUUGUUCACCCAAACUCCACUAAAAGGAAGGAUCUGUAAAAAGAGAGAAAAGAAAUAACAGUUCUCCUGGCAAGGAAAGGCACUUGGAAAUUUUUACUAAAAUUAUUGCUAAGCGUACAUAAUUAUACAGCUGUAAAGAGAAUCCUUGAGGUGACAUGGGCUUUGAGGUGGCUAUUCUGUGAAAAUUAUUAAAAAGCAAAUCAAAAAACCAAAUCAGUUCGUUUGAGGGAAUUUCAGAUUUUUUGAGAGCCACUCCUGUUUUAUUUGAUCUGUUACUUGUAAGUUCUCUGAAUUUACUUCUGAUCAAUCUGUUUUUAUCAAUCAGUUUUAUUUACUUGUAACUGACCAAUGACAAUGUCUCAGUCAAUACUAUGUACAAUACCAUGUACAAUAUUGUUUGUGAAGGAAUGUUGGUCAGUUAAAUCUCUGGUCACAGUGGCAGGCUUUUCCUUUUCUUCCCAGCUUUCCCCCUGUUUUUGGUUAUUUUGGUUAUUUUGCUCCUUCCCCCUCCUCCUUUCCCCUCCUCCUUCCCCCCCCCUCUUUCCCCUCCUCCUUUCCCCUCCUCCUUCCCCCUCCUCCUUUCCCCUCCUCCUUUCCCUCCUCCUUUCCCCUCCUCCUUUCCCCUCCUCCUUUCCCCUCCUCCUUUCCCCUCCUCCUUUCCCCUUCUCCCCCCUCCUCCCUCCUCCUUCUUUCCCCUCCUCCUUUCCCUCCUCCUUUCUCCUCCUCCUUCCCCCUACUCCUUUCCCUCCUCCUUCCCCCUCCUCCUUUCCCCUCCUCCUUUCCCCUCCUCCUUUCUCCUCCUCCUUCCCCCUCCUCCUUCCCCCUCCUCCUUUCCCCUCCUCCUUCCCCUCCUCCUUCCCCCUCCCCCUUUCCCCUCCUCCUUCCCCCUACUCCUUCCUCCAUAGCUCAAACUUGUCCUCCUUAGCUUAACCCCUUACUCUCAGAAGUGUUCAACAUAUAACUUCUCCCCAUAAUAUCCUUACAUUAUCCGGCAAACAGGUUAUAAGAAUACACAAACACAUCCUGAUCUUACCCAAAAUUCUCAUCCCUUAUUUACAAGGAAAUGUGUAGGGGUUAGAGGGAAGAAUUCACAAUCUGAUCUCGAUGGUUAAAGGGUCAAUGAAAAAAACCAACAUGCUAAAUAUCCUUGUAAAUGUUAGCUGUAAACCUGUUUUUAAAUUGUACAUUGUAUAGUAUUUGCACUUAGUCAGCUUUUGUGCCUAAUGGAAUGUGUUCUUUUUAUCACUAGGAAUAGGGACUUUGUCAGUCACAAACCCAAUAUGGGUGGUGAAAACUCGCCUAUGUCUCCAGUACUCUGAUCCCCUUGCAGGAAAAACACAAACACCACAGUACAAAGGAAUGUUUGGUAAGACAUUUUUUUUUGCAAAGAUGAAUGACUCCUUUUUACCCAAGAGAGAGGAAAGAAAAGUGAACCCUUUGCACCCUUACAUCAGUAUGUAUUUUCCCCGUACUGUUCUUGAUAAAUUUCGAACUUGCCACUUAUGAGGAGAACGUAGUUAAAAAUCAAGAGCCCUUUCAACUUUGUGAUUAUGUCUUCUAGUUAUUCAUAAGCCUAAAGUUUGAUUCAGCACUGAAUAAUAAAUUGUUUGAUCCUUUUCUCAAUCACAAUUUCACUGUGAGGGAAUUGAACCUGAGUCAAGGUGCUGGUAUAUGUAAUUGUGCUCACCAACUCCCCAUAUAAAUGAAAUCCAGAUGCAUGACUUAUUUUGCACUCCUUGUUCUCUACAGAUGCUCUGUUAAAGUUGUGGAGACAUGAGGGGUUGAGAGGUUUAUACAAGGUAACCUUGAUAUGUAUCUCUUGACAGCUUUUUGAUUGACUGAUCAAGUUAAAAAUUAAGAUACAGUAAUUUUGACUGUGUGUACCGGACUUGUUGUGAAGUAUGCAGGGUACUGGUCUCUAGUAAAGUCAGUCAAGUCCAAAAAGUCACCAGCAGUGUGUACUGCACCAUGUGUACGUUAAUACCUUGGGCUUAAAAAAAAAAAGGAAUAAAAUGUACUACAAUAAAGGAAUUAAAAAAUAUAUAUACGAUCUUUAGUUUUUAUACGUGCAUAGGAGAUCCAUCCACCUAUCUUACAGGUGUAGGUUUGCAUGAUGCAAUCACAAUUAUGUCUUUGAUAUUCACUUUUGUCACCUUAUGUAAAACAUUUUGAUAUUGUAGUUGGUAUAUUUUGGUCGCUGGAUAUGCACUAAGCCAACAGUGGUUUUUAAACUUCCUUAGAAAAAAGAGGGAAACAAUCAAAAAGAGAAAUAGGGAAGGAAAGAGAAGCAUAAACAUCAGUCUUAGAGUCAGGAACCAUACAAAGCUAUUUCAGCCUUAUUGAAGGCCUCGCCAACUUGGUGUCGCUAAGAUAAUGGCAUUGUGAGUGAUUAACCUGAGUUUAUGUGUUUGGAUGGAACAUGAAGUUUGCUCAUAUCAUUAUAUUUUACUUGACCAGGGUUACAUUCCAGGUAUUUUUGGCGUAUCACACGGAGCACUACAAUUCAUGGCCUAUGAGGAGCUGAAGAAAGGCUACAGUCAAUAUUUUGGAACUCCAAUCAACAAGAAGCUGGUGCAUACUGUCUGCAUGUGUUUGUAUAGUUGAUUGUAUACGUGUUAAAGCUCACAAAUUCAACCGAGUUAGCAAACAAGAAACUCUUGAAUUUAAUCCUUGAUAUACAAAACAUGUGAAGUGCUCUGAUCAUGUGCAUAGCUUAGGGCGGAUGAUUGAAGUGUUGUCAUUUACUGGAACGAAACUUUACUUUCAACUCCCCUCUCUGCCCAGAAGGAUUGAUUAAGAAUCAACCCUUGCCCCCCCUAAGAUUGACUGACAUCUAACUUCUCCUUACAAUAUUACCUCUGAAUCACACAUGGAGGUCACAAGAAUAGAGGAAAUAUUCAGCCACCGAAAAAGUUCUUGACUGUUUAAGAAAUUCUCCUUGUCAGUAUCUUUGGAAAUGUACAGAGAACAGUAUGGAGAAGAUGGAUACUGAUGUUAGGGUGUAAAGGGUUAACACGAACACAUGUAAUGGCCAGUGGCGAAUGUAAAGGGAGAACACGAGAGAGGGAAGGGUGGGGGAAGUUUUUGGCUUCUCAUCUUGAGUAGUAGUCCUCCAUGACGAGCUUCAGCUUUGAAGCUACAACUGACGUCCAAAAGACAACUUCUAUUACCUUUGUUGUACAUGUGGCUGGUAGGAAGGUACUAAUUGGAUGACGUUUAUUAUUAUGUAUGGGUUAUCUUGGGAAUCACUCUGAAGUGCUGAAAAUGUAGUAGUUCUUUUUUUUAUAUAAAAUGUUUUGCUCUCUAAUUUAUGUUUUGCUAACUUUCAUUUUCUUCAUAGAGUUCAACUGAGUACCUUGUAAUGGCUUCACUGUCGAAAAUUUUCGCCGCAACAGCGACAUAUCCUUAUCAAGUGGUUAGAGCAAGACUUCAGGUUAGAAUGGGAGAUUCAUUAGCAAAUGAUUAACCUUUUGAAAUCGAUUUUGUUUUACUUUUGUAUGCUAUUAUUUUGAAAUAAACUUGCAGUUUAAGGUUUUUUUUAGUUUUCAGGCCGGUGAUCUCAUCGGUUGGUUUAUUGGACUCCAGGUUGAUGUGGUCUGUGCUUGAGCCUCGAGCCCUCAGCUAAGUCAUUGUGUCGGUUCCUUGGGAAAGGAUUCGUUAGCCCCACAAAUCCCCCCUCCCAGUGGUUCAAAUGAGCACCAACAAAAGGCCAGGGAAACCCUACAAUGUGGAUAAAUAUCAAUUCUCAUGAGGGAGAGUAGCUUUCACCCUCUUUCACUCUUUCCAUUCCUCUUAAGAAACACGGAUCCAAGAUGGUUAUUGGAACGCACGGCGCGAAAGUUCUGAUCCUGUGCCCAUAAAAUUAGCUAAAACCAAUUGAAUAUAUCAGGAGCUAUCUUUAAGCAACAAGAUUAUUUUGUUAAAUCGUUCAUUAUUUACUGUUUCCCGCUGUCAUUUAUUGUUCAUGAAUUUUACUUUUCUAAAGAAUCAGUACACGAUGGUGGAAUACAAAGGCGCGUUGGAUGUGAUUAGUAAGACUUUCAGGUAAGUUGGAACUUGAUAAGAGAACUUAAAGUUUUCGAUACGUCACAGACUAGCUUUCCAUCUCUAGUUUCAAACCCUCUACAUUAAAGAGAGGUACAUGUUUUGCCCGUUUAAAACAAUUUGACAAAGAACUGGACCAAAAUUGGCGGAGAACUGAAACCAGCUUGUUUGAGUACUGGAUCCAAUUUUCGGAUUGACUUACGGCUUAGUGGUAAAGUCCACAUUUUCAUGAAGGAAGGUAUUCUUCUUUUUCUGGCCUCUUCUCACGGCAGGUUCUUUUCAAAAUCUUAGGCAUGAAGGAGUAACAGGAUUUUAUAAAGGAUUAAUUCCCAGUGUCCUCAGGUAAGGCUAAAUGUUAAAAAUAAAUUUGAUGAUACAAGUAGAUUUGCUUGUUAGUUUUAGGUGUUAAACCGCAAUGUAUAAUCUAGAAUUGGCCAAGAGGGCUUAGUGGGCUCUCAUCUUUAAUUUUAGGUAGCGCUUUGUAAAGGAAAGGGUCUUAAGAGAUGGGGUGUACCCCCAUAAGGUGUUAAACUUAUUUGCACAUUCUAGUCUGUGAGAAACUGGGAGGAAGAGACAGGCGAAAGAUACAUUAAGAGGCUAUAAAAUUUGGAGUAGGUGUCAUGUCAUUGUUUUCGUCAGUUACAUGUUCGAAUACUGUGAAAUUAUUAAGAUACUUAUCGUUAUCACAAAUGUUUGUGCCCCACCUGAUAUGUUAGUGUAAUUUUUUAGCGGUUUUUUUGUUUUUGGAAAUCUAGCAGAGGAGCGCUUUAGAAGAAACCCUGAAACUGUAAUAUAUGUAAAACGUUCAUUGUCGAUUUUACUGUGUAUUGUGCGUUUGAUUGUUGUUGAUUUUGUUUCUUUUUAGAGUAACACCAGCAUGUGCACUUACAUUUGUGGUGUACGAAAACGUUAUUCACUUCCUUCUGCCGGACAGAUGA